GAAGAACACGAACACAACUUGUGUAGAUUUUAAAGCAAAUACAUCGAAAUAUUGUCUGUGGGAUAUCUUUACACUGUUGAAGGUAGAUGACGUAUACAGGUUGGCUGUGGAGAUUUAAAUGCUGCGCUGUGAUUGGUGGACAAAGCUUUGCUUUUCACGCGCACAGCUCAGGGUCUUUGCACGUCUGGUGAGAGCUGCAGCUCUGCUUGUACGAGUUCAUUCUUUAGGGCCUGCAGAAAAGAAAGAAAGAAAAAAUGACGAUUAAAUUAAUCCGUGACCAUGGACAGCAUUAUAGACCUCGAAUGGCCUGUCUGAAGAAGCUCGAGGCCUUGGUGCUGGCAAUGCAGGACACAAAAUCCGGGGUAAAAUCAUCUGAGCAAAAACUGAACACCACUUCCAUUCCACAUGUCAUCGCAGGACGGGACAUUCUUGAGUGGAUUGCCAGUCAUAUGAAGAUAGAUAAUCAAGAGGCUUGGACAAUUGGUACCAUGUUAGUUGCUUUUGGCUUCAUCUACCCACUGCAAGACCACAAAAGACUCAUCCUGAAGCCAGAUGGCAGUCUCUAUCGCUUUCAGACACCGUACUUCUGGCCUGUGCAGAAAUGGAAGGCAGAAGACACCGAUUAUGCAAUUUAUCUGGCAAAGAGAAACAUUCGAAAGAAGGGGACACUUGAUAACUAUGAACAGGAGAACUACAACAACCUUCAGAAAUGGCUCAACUACAAAUGGGAUUUUAUUGUGAUGCAAGCCAAAGAGCAAUACAGAACGGGAAAGGAGAGGAACAAAUCAGACCGGGUUGUGUUUGAUUGUCAGGAAAGGGCCUACUGGAUAGUUCACAGGCCUCCACCUCAAACUCACAGCGCCAUGGACUACGGCAUGGAUCGGCUCAUCGAUCCUAACACAGAAGAGAAAAAAACCUUUGACUACUAUAGAAGAAUUAUCAUCUACAUUCAGCAAGUAAUCAUGAGACCAAGGGUCAAGUCCUCAGUGUCCCUGGGAGCCCUUGUGAAACACAUGACAACAUAUCACGACCACGAUCCGUUUCUCAACCCGUGUAUUCCCAGCAACCCGUGGCAGAGUGAUGAUGUCACAUACUGGGAUCUGAACAUGAGAAAUGUCGAAACGCCUACAAAGAUGAGAGUUGAGCGCUGGUCCUUCGGUUUUUACGAGUUACUCAAAGAUCCACGCGGCCGCGCCGACUUCAGACUCUUCCUGAAGAAGGAAUUCAGCGGUGAGAAUUUGGCUUUUUGGGAGGCUGCUGAGGAGAUGAAGUGGGGAGCGGCAGCGACCAUAUCUGAGAAAGCUGAGACCACUUUUAAGACGUUUUUAGCUCCAGGAGCUCCACGUUGGAUUAACAUUGACGGUCGGACGAUGGGACUGACAGUGAAGGGUUUAGAACAUCCACACCGCUACGUCCUGGAUGCAGCUCAAACGCACAUCUUCAUGCUGAUGAAAAAGGACACCUUUUAUCGCUAUCUGAAGUCACCAGUUUACAAGGACAUGCAGAAAAACGCGAUCUCACCCGUGCCGCAUAGCUUCACUGAUGCUCAACUGGAGCAAAAGGCUAGAAACCGUAAGCCCAGCAUCGACCCUAUCAUCCUGUGGAAGCAGGAACAGGAGGAAAAAGCCAAAGCGGAAGCUGCGGCCAGACCGAUCGAUAUUAAACAACUGAUGGCCAGCAAACUGGACCGCAAGUGACAGAGUUUAAUGGAAUGGAUUUUGAUUGACUUUGAGAUGAGGCAUUAUAUAUGA